AUGGCAGAAACGUUUAUCUUCUCUGUUUUCACAGAUUCAGGGCAGCCCUCUGAACUAAGGAUAGUUCUGAUAGGGAAGACUGGAUCAGGGAAGAGUGCAACAGGAAACACCAUCCUGGGGAGAAAGUCGUUUAAAGAAGCCUUCUCCCCUGAGUCUGUCACUGAUCACAGUGAGAAACAGAGUGGAGUGGUGGAGGGCAGGAAGACUGAUGUCAUCGACACCCCGGGGCUCUAUGACACAACCAUGUCUCAAGAAGAGAUGAAAAGUGAGAUAGAAAAGGCCAUCUAUAUGUCAGUCCCAGGACCCCACGCCUUCCUGCUGGUGAUCAGACUGGGGAGGUUCACAGAGGAGGAGAGGAACACUGUGAAGUGGAUCCAGGAGAACUUUGGAGAAGAAGCCUCAAUGUACACCAUCAUUCUGUUCACUGGUGGAGACCAGCUGGAGGACAAAUCAAUGGUGGACUUUCUAAGUGAGAGUGAGGAGAUUAUGCAACUCGUCAAGGUCUUUAAGGGCAGAAAUCAUGUCUUCAAUAAUAAAAAGAAGAAUGACAACAAUCAGGUCACAGAGCUGCUGAAGAAGAUAGAUGAGAUGGUGAUGAAGAAUGGAGGACAACACUACACCAAUGACAUGUACAAGGCGGCCCAGAGGAAGAUCAAAGAAGAGGAGGAGAGGAAGGAACAGGAGAAGAAGGACAAAGAGGAGGCCGAGAAGAAGAAACAGGAGGAGGAGACCAGAAAACGGGUAGAGAAAGCGAGACAGGAUGAGAGGAAGAGACAAAAGGGCAUGUUGAGAAAAGCUGUGGGAUUGUUAGCAACUUUUGUCACAGCGGUGUUAGCAGGACCCGCAGCAAUUCCAGUUGGAGCUGCUUUACUUGCAAAUGAAGUAGCUGAACAUUUAGACGAUUGAGGAAGAGGUAGCAGUGUGAAGUGCCACUAUCUUCCUCAUUUUAAUGUCAAGUAGUAGCAGUUGAUUAAUACUGUACAAUGACAACCAUCAGGGGUUGUUCAACACUUUCUAACAUGAUUAGUUAUAUAACAUGUUUAUUAUUCAGAGCAUCAGGGAUAAUAACAUAGGAGGCUGUUCAGAAAAAUGUGUACUCCCUCUAUCCUCCCUCCCUGGUCUGUGUACUCCCUCUAUCCUCCCUCCCUGGUCUGUGUACUCCCUCUAUCCUCCCUCCCUGGUCUGUGUACUCCCUCUAUCCUCCCUCCCUGGUCUGUGAACUCCCUCUAUCCUCCCUCCCCGGUCUGUGUACUCCCUUUAUCCUCCCUCCCUGGUCUGUGUACUCCCUCUAUCCUCCCUCCCUGGUCUGUGUACUCCCUCUAUCCUCCCUCCCUGGUCUGUGUCCUCCCUCCCUGGUCUGUGUCCUCCCUCCCUGGUCUGUGUUCUCCCUCCCUGGUCUGUGUACUUCCCCUACCCUUUCUCCCUGGUCUGUGUACCUCCCCUACCCUUUCUCCCUGGUCUGUGUACUCCCUCUAUCCUCCCUCCCUGGUCUAUGUUCUCCCUUUACCCUCCCUGGCUCAGCACUAAGUAGAACAAUUAUUACUUCAGCAAUUACAAUAAAAUAACUUCUAUAUUAUAUAAUUGCAUUUUUGUAUGUGUUUAAUCCGGUUCAUACCAUGACAUCGUUGAAUACUCAUUUCUGAUUGGCUUGACGGGCAUUCUAGAGCAUCCAUUAUUUCCUGAUAUAUAAGUUAGAACUGUAUAUAACACACUGUAUAUUUGUAAUGUAGAACUCAAUAGCUAUAGUUCAUUCUUACAUGUUCUACAUUUGGCAUUGUUGAAUUCAAUUUUCAUAAUAGAAAGCUAUGACUGAUGUUUUGGUUAGAUAAACUAGCGAGUCUGUUUGUUUGGUUACCAAGGCAACUACAGUAGCUAGCUAAUAAACUUGCUAGCAACUUCA